AUGUAUACUGUAGUGCUUUUUUUACACAACAGGCAGAAAAGUACGCUUUUGAACAAAAGUUCAUUGUUACAACCAAAGGAUGCACAUACAUCAGGAAGUCCAGAAGCAUUCUCACAACUGAGCUGUUCAAAAAAUUCAACUGAAACAAGGGAAGUCAGUCAAAGCAGAUCAACCUCUUUAAGAGCGAAUUUGAUAAACAACUCAGAAGCGUCAUUAUUAUUAGUACCACCAGAGAAAAGGAGGGAAACAAAAAGUUCUGCAACGAUUUCAUCCCUAGAAUCCAAGACUGAUAAGAUAAAUAACAUUGAAUCUCAACCAAAGACGCUCAAAGGCGAAGUUAAAAAAGGUGCAGGUGAAAAAAAGCAGAAAGAUUGGGGAAAAAAGAAAAAAGAAAGGAAGAAGUGGACCGUGGAAAGCUUAAAACCCGUCAAAAAAGGUUAA